AUGGAAGUCAAAAAUCUUACGUACUUUCUCGAUCAUAACACUUACGAUGACGGGCUGCUGUGUACCGGAAUCAUCAAUACGCUGAUUAAUUAUAUCGUCGUGAACUAUUUCGCUCACUUUUUCGUAGUGUGUUUUAUUAGAGCUAGUGAGGACACCGUUUAUCACACUUCACCGAUACCAACGAUCGUGCUGGAAUCGGAGGACGACGGUUUUGAGAUGGCUCUUGGUAUUGCAGUGAAUAUGGGCUGCCAGUCCUUUAUUGUUACCGAACGAUCGGCACACACUUUUUUCGAAGCCUUUCGUCCGGUGCAUGAAGCAGCAUUACAACGUAUGGUGGAGAAACGAGUUCUUGUGGUGCUUGAUAGGCGCUCCUCGUUUUUCCCUACCAUCAAUCAAUUGCUUGUGGUGGAAGAAAUUCCAGAAGUAUUAAUCCUGCUACCAGUAGAUACUACGGGUAAAGUAUCCUGUCGUGUCGAGCUUUACACACUAGACCUUUCCGCUGGUGCCCCCAUUACCAUCAGUCCUCGGCUGAUAGAUGUGGUUGACACCCAAAAUGGUACCAGUCCGCAAUGUUGCAAUGUGAAUUACUUUCCGGAUAAGUUUGUCAACAUGAACAAACGGCGUCUGAGACUAGCCACUAUUCCCUACCUACCGAACGCAUUCGUGGAAGAUAAGCCACUUGGAGAAGGAAAUGCGCGAUACAUACUGCCGCCGAAAGCAAACGUAUCGGCAAUGCUCAGUGGUACAGAAGUCUGGUUGGUGCUACUAUUCUGUGAGAUUGUCAACUGUACGCUAGAGGUUAUGAUCGCUUCCGAAUGGGGAGACGUGUUCGACAACGGUACCAAGUUUGGGCUGAUAGGAGCUCCGGCCAAGGGAGAAGUGGACAUUGCAAUAUCGGGCCUGUACUCCUGGUACACCAGCUUUCGGCAUCUUGCCUUCGGUGUCGUCAACUCGCGAUCCGGCUGCACGUGUAUCGUAGCCAAACCGCACAGUGUGGCCAACUGGCGCACUCCGUUCCUUUCAUUUUCCGGCUCACUGUGGUGUGCCGUUAUGGCCGCAUUCAUUGCCGGUGCGUUCGCCGUACUGGUCAUGUCCCGCAGUCGGAAGCGUAUCCUGCAGCUCACCGAUUCGACGCAGUACACGUUCAGCGAUUCGGUGCUGAUCAUGAUCGGAUUCUUCAUGGAGCAAAGUGUACGGAUGCCGAAUGAACUGCUGGCGUCUUGCUUUCUCUUCGCCACGCUCAUGUUUGCGGGAUUCAUGAUUGGCAGCAGCUACAAUGGAGGGCUGGCUAGCACCAUGAUCGUUCCGCAGUACGAGAAAAGCAUCAACACUGUGCACGAUUUGGCGGAAACUCGCACAACCUGGGUCGGGGUUACUGUGAGCUGGAUCUAUUCGAUUCGGUUGGCGUACCAGCCGGACGUGCGGACUCUGCUGCAGACGUUUCGCGAGUGGGAAGAGAAGGAGAUUACCCGUCGUGCGUACGAUCGCGAUGUGGCCAUCAUCGUCGAGCGGAUGGAGUAUGGCCAUUUUGCCUACCCGCAUAUGGAGCUGGACGCGUUGAAGGACCGGAAGAUGAUGGCGGAGGACAUCUACUGGGAGUGGGUAGUAGCGAUGUGUACGAAAACGUGGCCAGGCCGGGCACGGUACGAUCGGUUGGUGCUGGAGCUGAAAGCAUUCGGCAUUUUGGCCCACUGGGAGCUGCUUGGGGUGACGAAGCAUUUGAACUACAAGUCGCAGCAAAUCAUACGCUACUCGCGCCAAAGCGGCGACGGUGAUGAAUUUACACCGCUACGUAUAGCUAACAUUACUGGAGCGCUUUUGAUACUGGUUACAGGGUUGGCGCUCGGGAUGGUAAUGUUUCUUGCGGAACUGUUGUGGUACAGUUGUGGUCGAAAGUUUAAGACCUGUCGUUCAAUGUAA